CAGCUGUCAAUAGGAAUGUCUCGCUGUGUUGAGGAAACAUCCACAACGCUCAACAACAUUAAGCAACUGCAACAAAAGCUUGACCAACAACUCAAUGACGAUAUCAAUGAGAAAAUAUACUGGAAACGAAAAUGUGAACAGCUUGAGCAGGAAUUGAAAGACCUUAAGUCUAAAAAAGUGGAGCCAGUCAGACAGAAGAUUGCUACAAUGAGUAGUGAGGUCGUUGACAGUAACCCAUAUUCAAGGCUUAUGGCUCUUCAACGUAUGGGAAUAGUGGACAACUAUCAGGAAAUAAGGAACUACACAGUGGCAGUUGUAGGGGUCGGUGGGGUGGGAAGUGUUACUUCCGAGAUGUUGACAAGGUGUGGAGUUGGCAAACUCAUACUCUUCGACUACGAUAAGGUCGAGCUGGCCAACAUGAACCGGCUCUUCUUUACUCCCGACCAGUCUGGUUUAUCAAAAGUUGAAGCAGCACGUGAUACACUUACCAACAUAAACCCGGACGUAGAAAUACACACCCACAACUACAACAUUACACACGUGGACCACUUUGACCACUUCAUGACCACUAUCAGUACUGGUGGUCUCCAGGGUAACCCUGUUGAUCUCGUUCUCUCUUGUGUGGAUAAUUUCGAGGCCAGGAUGGCCAUCAACCAGGCAUGCAACGAAUUAGGUCAAGUGUGGAUAGAGAGUGGAGUAAGUGAGAACGCAGUAUCUGGACACAUCCAACUACUGGACCCUGGACGAACAGCCUGCUUUGCGUGUGCACCCCCACUUGUUGUUGCCAGUAAGAUCGAUGAGAAAACACUCAAAAGAGAAGGUGUUUGUGCCGCAUCGUUGCCGACAACAAUGGGUGUAGUCGCUGGAUUGCUUGUCCAAAAUACCCUCAAAUACUUGCUCAAGUUUGGUGAAGUAACAGAAUACUUGGGCUACAAUGCACUGAACGAUUUCUUCCCGCAAUUUAAUCUCAAGCCGAACCCUACCUGUGACAGUAAUGCGUGUUUGAAACGACAGAAGAUAUGGGCGGAAACUGCGCCAGCUCCGAUUAAGGAAGAAAUAGUCGAGGAGGAAAUAGUUCAUGAAGAGGAUUGGGGAAUAUCACUAGUGGACGAGGAAGGUGGGACCACAUCAGAAGAUUUGUCAGUGACAGAUGGUCUCAGACUCGCUUACACGAUGGAUAAAGUUAAUAACGAUACAUUGCAAGACAAUCUCGUGUCGGUUGAUGAAGGAACUAGUUUAGAAGACCUGAUGAGACAGAUGAAUCAGCUUUAGGUUCCCAUCAGUUUGAAGAUAAAUAAUAUUGAAUAAUAUUGAUAUAAGGAUUUCAGUUCAGUUUCUUUUAAGUGGGAUAUUUAUUUAAUGAUGAAUGAUUUUUUUCAAUUAAUCAGGGAUUUUUUUCGACCACUCAUCUUCAAGAUAAAUUAUUGAAAUCUGAAGUCUAAUUAACCAGAAAAUUACGAAUAAUUAAAAAAAAACGAAAAUGUACGAAUAACUAACCAGUAUCUAUCUUGAUCUUGCUAAUAUUCCUAUAUGUGAAUUAUGAUACAUAACAUGUAUUCAUAAACAUGUUAUCUGAAAGCUGUUCUGGCUAAUUGCUGUCAAAGAGUAAGAGAUGUUUAAGCGCCUUCAGAUUGGUCGCAUGAGUGCAUUGUACAAUUUCAUUCGUAGUUGUGCCUUUUUUGCUUGAUACUUGCGAAUUUGUGUCUCAAAAAAGUGAUAUUUAAUUACGGCGUUUUUAAUUGAGUGACGGAAUUGGAAAAAAUCUUUUACGCAAGCUUUUGAUUUAAUAA